AUGCCGGUCGCUGCUGCCGGUGGGGCCGAUGAGCGGCCCAGGAAAAAGUCGAAGUGGGACCAGACGGGCCCCGGCGGCCUGCCAGACUGGCUGGCGGACCUGGCACCCAAAGAGCCACGGGCCCCUCCGGGCGUGGACCCUGGGCGCUUCAAGAUCAUGAAGAUGGAAGCGGUGCAGAUUCGCGCGCUGAUAGGCAAGGGCGGCGAGACGGUGCAGGAGAUCCGGAGGAACAGUGGGUCCGAGGUGAAAAUCGACCAUCAGCCGACGGACCCCUUCGGAACGGUCACCAUCAUCGGCGACCUCGUCAAGACAGAGGCGAUGAUCCAGGAGGCGCUCAACGCCAAGGGCUGCCCCCUGGGGGUUCCCGCCCGGGUGCCGGCGACUCCCGGGACCGUGCCAACCCCCACACCGGUCAUUCCGGGAGCCCCGGGGCAGCCAAGAGAGAUCUCGGUGCCUUCGGAAGUGGUCGGCGGCUUGAUAGGUCCCGGUGGCUCCGUCAUCAACGAUAUCCGGCAGAGAGCUGGAGGCCAGUGCCACAUCUCCGUGCUGCAGCCCCAAGUUCCCGGCGGGCCGCAGGUUUGCCGCAUCACCGGCCCGGAGGAGCUCCUCCAACAAGCCGAGGAGCUGGUCCAAAUCAAACUCAACGAGCUGCUCACGACGCGUGGCAUUCGACCGUCAGGGGGAGCUUGGGGGCCAACCUCCUCCCCGGUCUACCCGCAGGGCCGACCUGCCGGCAUGAUCGCGCCGAAUCUGCCACUGCGGCCCGCGAUGGGCAUCGGGGGCGCCCCUCCCAGCUCCGAAGGAUCCUACGGCGCCGGAUCACCUCCCGGUAUUAGCAGACCUUCCCACGUCGGCCAGCAGUCUGUUUUCACCCGGCCCAUCGCGCCUGGCAUGGGAGGCCCUCGGGUGAUCCCACCUCCUGCGGAGCCGAUGGGCUCGGGAGGCUACGGCGGUGGGUAUGGCGCGGGCCCUGGCUCCACCAAAGGUGGGGGAUGCGGUGGCGGCUACGGCGAGGGCUACGGUGAAGAUGGAACCUGGGGGCAGGGAGCUCCCGAUGCGUGGACGAACGGCGCGUACGGUGGCGAAUGGGACCCGUCCUGGGGUGCAGAGGAGCAGUGGGAUCCGUCCUGGGGGCAAGGUGAUUGGUCAGGUGGACCUGGAUACUAG